AAGGGCCAUAUCAGGUACAGUAGGAUAACCCUUAUUGAUAAGUGUACCCUAUUCCUUUCUCUUCUUCCUCCAACUUCCACUUUCUCAAGAAAAUGUUUGAGAGAAAAGAAAAUGUUGUAUUAUUUCCAUUCAUGGCACAAGGCCACAUAAGACCCUUCUUAGCCUUAGCCCUCCAAAUAGAGAAAAGAGGAUACAACAUAACCUUCAUCAACACCCCUCUCAACAUCAAGAAACUCCGAUCCUCUCUUCCUCCAAACUCCUCCAUUCGCCUCCUUGAAAUUCCUUUCAACAGCUCAGACCACGGCCUCCCACCAAACGCCGAAAACACGGAUGUCCUUCCCUACAACCUGAUUCAUACUUUUAUCGAAGCCACUCUCUCUCUCAAACCUUGUUUAAGAAAACUCCUCCAUGAUCUCAUCCACGAGCAAGGUGGUGUUCCACCGCUAUGCAUCAUGGUGGACUUGAUCUUUGCAUGGUCAGCUGAUAUUGCGCAUGAGCUCGGGGUUUUUCAUGCAAUCUAUAAUGGCUUAUCAGCGUUUGGGAUGGCCUGUUACUACUCCAUCUGGCUCAACUUACCUCACCGCCACACGAAUUCACACGAGUUCUCCUUACCGGAUUUUCCUGAAGCCGGUAAACUCCACGUUUCUCAGCUGUCGGAACACAUGCCAGAGGCAGAUGGUACUGAUCCUGUCUCGGUUUUUCAACAUAGAAACCUUCCCUCGUGGCUGAAUUCUGAUGCAAUUGUGUUUAACACAAUUGAAGAGCUUGAAAUGAAAGGAUUGACCUAUUUCAGACGCAAAAUAGGCCGUCCGGUUUAUUCAGUCGGACCAUUACUUUUACCGGGAGAUAACCGCGGUAAAGAAGCUGAAAUCACACCAGAUCAGUGUAUCAAAUGGCUUGAUACAAAACCACCAACUUCUGCUCUCUACGUCUCGUUUGGUUCGCAGAACACAAUAUCUGCUUCGCAGAUGAUGAACUUGGCGAAAGCAUUAGAAGCUAGUGAAAAAAAUUUCAUAUGGGUUGUUAGGCCUCCGUUCGGAUUUGAUAUUAACGCGGAGUUUGAAGCAGAAAAAUGGUUGCCAGAAGGGUUUGUGCGGCGCGUCGUUGAGGAUCGAAAGAGCGGGCUCAUUGUUGCGAAAUGGGCACCUCAGGUGGAGAUUUUGUCCCACAAGUCUGUUGCUGCAUUCUUAACUCAUUGUGGAUGGUGCUCGGUGGUGGAAGCGCUGAACCAUGGCGUGCCGUUGAUGGGUUGGCCAAUGGCUGCUGAGCAGUUCUACAAUGCCAAGUUUUUGGUGGAAGAGGUUGGAGUUUGUGUGGAGGUGGCUAGAGGGACUAGGUCUGAGAUUAAGCAUGAAGAUGUAGUGGAAAAGAUAGAGUUGGUGAUGAGUGAGGGAGAGAAAGGGAAGGAAAUAAGGAGGAAAGCUUGUGAAAUUAAGGAGAGGAUGAAAGAUGCCAUUAGAGAUGAGGAGGGUUUCAAGGGCUCUUCCGUGAAAGGUAUGGAUGAGUUUUUUAAUGCUGCAUUGUUGAUGAAGGAGAAAAGUACCAAGUCAGAUCUCAUUAAUUAGAUUUUAUUUAAGUGAAAAAGUGUUUGGAUGACUGAAUAAUUUAUAUAUAUAUAUAUUGGUGUUUCAGAUCUUAUCUUUAUGUUUGGUUGGUUUUUAAUAAAGACUGGGGAGUAGAGAGAACACAAGUUUGAGAAAAUAUUGAGAAUACAACUGAAUAUUUUUACCUUUUACUGUAUAAUUGGAUAGUAGAUAUAAUCCCAUGGUAGUUUCAAUGUAUGAGGUUGAAUUUUAGCUGAAAGUUCUGUAUCCUAUAUAUCAAUAAUAUCAUGUUGAAAAACUUAAUUUGCAUCUAUCA